AGAGGCCUUCGAGAAGUUCCCUAACAAAAAUAAGUUAGAGUCACGAGGCCACGACAUGACCUCAUAGUCUCGGUACUCGAUAAAUACUCUAAUGAACCCUGAUGAAGCAUCAUACCUACUCAAGAAUAUUAUAAUGAAAAAAUAUUGAUCUGUUCUGACUCUACAGGCAUUGCAUAACUAGGUAUUAUACCUCCUGCUCCUCGUCAUCUUGGCCUUGUUUCUGCUUUAUGAAAUAGCGGGCCUGUUCUCCAUCUGCUUUUCCACCAGAAACAAGAUCCUCAAAACCUGAGACAUCCCAGUAACAGAGGCUGAUCUUUGCUCAUUCUUACCGUCAGGCGGGGAAAUUUUAUCUAUUGUGCUAUAAUCCUUUGACAGCAAUUGACUUUUUAGAUCCCAAUUUGACCUGUCAUCUAUCUAAACAAACCCUGCAAAGCAAAAAACAAUGGAACUACCGGAAUGGAAAGCUGCCCUGACCAUGUCUCAGCGCUAUGAGACGAUUCAAAGAAUACAAGCCUCCCUUGCUAGCAUGAGUGAGGCCAUCGCCAUAGAACAGGCCGCCUACCAAAUCGCUUCUACUCAGGACGAGUAUAAUCUCGCCUGUCAGCCAACCUCGACACCGACGCCUUCGCCUCCCCAGGAGGAAGAGGAGGGUGACUCUGGGAUACGCAUUGGGCCGUAUGGGAACUGUAGACCUGUCUCGGAUGGUGUAACUUCAGAGGUCUUUCGUUCGGGUGAUAAGGCGCUUAAAGUCAUUGUGACUUAUCAGGAUAUCGAGCCGCAUAAUCCGCAGAGGGAGGCCAGGAUACUCAAGGGAUUGAGAGAACCGUGUAUUCCCCUCCUCGAAACGUUUCGCGAUCAGGAGCAGAGAUUUGUUCUCGUCUUUCCGUUCAUGCCGUGUACUCUGGCAGACCUUCUUGCCAACGGUCCUUUACCGCUUGAUGCCGUCCGAUCUAUCUUUCGAGAUGUCUUGCACGCUCUGAAAGAUAUACACGCACAAGGCAUCAUUCACCGAGACAUCAAACCGUCUGCAAUCCUCCUCUCAUCUUCAACCGGCCCAGCAUAUCUCUCCGACUUUGGCACAGCAUGGCAUCCCGAGCUAUCAACCCAAUCAGAACCAGCAGACGAUAAAAUCCUCGACAUCGGAACAGGCCCUUACCGCGCGAUAGAAGUUCUCUUUGGACAUAAAUCCUAUGGUCCAGAGGUUGAUAUGUGGGGAGUAGGAGUCAUGCUUUCAGAAGCACUCCGCGAUCCUCCAACCCCUAUAUUCGAGUCUCGCGCUGUCCAUGAAGAUGGCAACCAGCUUGGUCUUAUCCUCAGCGUCUUCAAGACCAUUGGUACGCCCACGCCUGAGACAUGGCCCGAGGCGAAACAGUUCAAGGUCGCACCUUUCGAGCUCUGGACUGUCUUCCCCGCUCGGCCUUGGGAAGAGCUUCUUCCCAAUGUAGACCUUGACUUUAUCGAUCUCGUGUCAUCGCUGCUUCGCUACGACAGUCAGCGACUUACCGCUGAACAGGCUCUUGCCCACAAAGCCUUGGCCGUAAACCCCUGAGGUCAAUUGGCAGAGCAUCAUAUCACUGAAGUGCUAGCGUUGCCUUCCAACAAUGAACAAUUCACCGUCGUAUCCAUUGCCAAUGCUAGACCCUGCCUCGUUUAAUCUUUAUAACCCGACCGAAAUUCUUCGCGUCAACCAAUCUCAUUGAUUCACUACUACACGCUACAAACAAGAACACAACGCAUCCAAAACGCUUUCACACAUAAAACAACACUAUAACACACUAUAAAUAAAUACAUGCUCCAAUUACGCUCCAAAAACACUCCAAACAGACACAAUGGGCGCCCCUGAAGGCAUGUAAUCCACCUUUUUCUCUCAACAUCCCUAACAUCAACCAGAUAACAACAAAACCAUCCCCUCCGAGGUCGAUUAGUUCAAGAACUCUCAUAAGCGCGAUAAUGCCGAGAAUGAUAAGGCUGAGAGCUCCGAAAAGAACGAAAACACUGUCAAGAAGGAUGACCAGCAGAGUGGAUGUGUGGAGAGCCAGGAAGAUGGUGGUGCAAAGCUUGUUGAGGAGAGCUCCGACAACGAGGAGGGGGAUGCGGAUGAUGAGAAAGGCAGGAAUGUGAAGCUCACCGAAAAGGGCUCGGACCUCUAUGGGGACUCGGGAUGCUCGGACAUCGAAGAGGACUCGGACAACGAAGAUGGCGGUGGCAAAGUGUAGACGCACCAUUGACCAUAUCUCUACCAGGACACAACAUUGAAUGCUAAUACAAAACUUUUUAUUCUAUCUUCUAUACUAUACUAUGAUACUCCUCCUAACCCUGCCGUCUCUUCGUAUCCGAACCCAGAUAGUCAAUUGGAUUUCGACACAGCGGGCACGUAUUCUGGUUACUGCUCUGGAACCACUUGUACAAACACGUCCUGUGGAACAAGUUCUUGCAAGUAGUACAUCUCUUAUCGGGCAUGCGCUUGUCAGUCGAGAUAAUGCUGUAGCAAAUAGCACACUCGCUCUGCCCCUUAAGCGCACCGAGAAUGUUUCGCUUGAAGACUUGAAGACCAUCGAUGAUGUUGCCGUUGGAGAAGGUGAUGACACCCUGUGUCGUCAUGAUCCAACUCUGCCACUUCUUCUCAUUGACAGCGACUCGGUUUAGACUCUGUACAGAGACAUUCUCGAUGGGGUAGUUCUGAGGGAUCUUGAUGGCAAUUGCUGCUUGAUCCUCGUCGACUUCAUAGCCAGCUAUGAUUUCUCUGGAGGAUCGCGCGACACGUACAACAAGUUCUUUCUCGUCCAUAGCAGGAGGCUCCUGGCUAUCAGCCCACUUUUGGACUUCAUCUAGGACGUCUGAGACUAUGAUGGGUGAGAAGUACUUGGUUGUCCACGACUCAACAGCGAUCCGUGUCUGCUUCGAGCGACAGUCGAUGUACCAAGCACGGAACAAGCCAGGUGUGUACUUGUGAAGAAGGUAGAAGAGAUGAACCAAUAGCCACUGCAUGUCCUUCUCCUCGGGCUCCGACUCUGCCAAUUUGACAUCAUAGUCUUGGAUGUGCUCUGAAGUGAGGUUGACCUUUUCUAACUUCAACGGAUGAGCAGCUGAGUGACCUAGCACAUCAAACAUGAAGUCUAGCAGUGGCCCUACGCAAUUAUCUUGCUUAAGGUUGUCGGUAAAGUCGUUUCGGAUCUUGAACGAUGAUGUCGAGUAAGCAUCAAAGACAAGCUUCCAGGAGAGGAGGUAUGAGCGGAUAGGUGAGGGAAAUUCGGCGAGCAUUUCAUCUGAGUACUUUUCGAGCGUAGGGGCGUCAAGAAGAAGUGAGAGGAGUUCGUCAGGGAGUCGGGCGUCUGAGACUGUCAAUUCCUGGUCCUCAUGGUGUAGACCGUUACACAUACCUGUCUUUUCCAGCAAAGCAUCAAUGGACUUCUGCUGUUGCUGUUCAGGAAGAGCUUGGUGAAGCAGGUUAAACGCAGCUGUCUGGAUGUCCCGCGAUUCCGACGCCACCAAGCCAAAGAUAUCAGACAGAUCAGGCACAUGUCGCAGAGAGAUCUUCUGGGCCUCUCGGCAAAGCAUGGCAUCCACAAUCUCAAGUGGCUGAGAGCGAGUAUCUCGAGGAAGUCGCAGCAGCUCAAUCAACGCCCUAGGCUUGGCACUGGCGUACUCCUUCAGGGCAUCCUCAAGAUCGUCGUUAGGCUCCUGCAAAGACUCAAUUGUCUUGAAUAACUUGAGUGAGGAGUGAAUGAAGGGAAGAGCCUCGUUCAACUCGAACUCGUGUGCACGGUUCCACAGCGAUAUGCAAAACUCGAUGGUCUUUUCCCAGUAAGAUCCGUAAACGUCCUUCAUACAAGGUAGCA